UCUUAAAAAUAUCUAUGUAAUCAAGCCCGAUUUGAUGGCAGCUUCACUCAUGUUCAUCUACUUCUUGAUUAUCUCUUUCAUUGUAAAUAUAAUCUCUCUCCGCCUCAGUCAACAACAUAGCUACCAAACCAAACCCCUUGGAAAAUGACUUAGUAUCCGCGAUUCUUCUCGGUCUCCUCCCUAGCAAAUAUCUUUAAUUUUCAUUUAUAUAUAAAAAAAAAUUUUAUUUACUUUGCAAGGAAAAAAAAGCCUUUCUUACCUUUCACGAGAUAAUUUUUUUGUGAGCUUUGCUUGAAAUGCUCGAACGUUUGCUCUGUUUGGUUUUGUGUAUAGAUACAGGGAAAAGGGUUACUUGUUGCUUUAUGCUUUAAACUAUUACUAGUCUAAUUCUUGUCUUUAAUCUUUUUAGCUUGAAGUUUGUCUUUGUUGCCUUUUUUGGACUCUUGUUCUUCUCUGAAUUCUUUUUAGCUUUCUGGGUAUUUGUUAAUAAAGUCAGAAUUUUUUUUAUUCUCAUAUUUUUUAAGGAUUUUUGGUUUGUGGGGAAUAUCCAAAUCAAUAAGUAUAAGGUUGUCCUUUCUGGGUUUUCGAUAAUGAUCAUGGCUUUUCCUUAAGUUUAGAGGAUUUCUGUGACUCCUUUUUGAGUUUUUGUAUCAUCUUUGCUUGAAUUCGACACAAAGAUUUGGUGUUUUUCUUCUGUUUUUGAACUUUUCAUUGUAAGAAAAAUGGAGGGCUUUGUUCUGUUUCCAGUGUUUGGUAUUUUCUUACUAUGUGGGAUUGUGGUGAGCAAGGAGUGUACAAACAGUCCAACUCAGCUUUCAUCUCAUAGUGUUCGUUAUGAACUGUUGAAAUCACAAAAUGAAACAUGGAAGCAAGAGAUGUUUGCUCAUUACCACUUGAUCCCAACUGAUGACUCUGCUUGGUCUAAUUUGUUACCAAGGAAAAUUUUAAGAGAAGAAGAUGAAUUGAGUUGGUCAAUGAUGUAUAAGAAAAUGAAGAAUCCUCGUAGUUUCAAGUUGGCUGGAGAUUUUCUGAAGGAGGUUUCAUUGCAUGAUGUCAGGUUGGAUUCGAAUUCCAUUCACGGGCGAGCACAUCAGACAAACUUAGAGUAUUUAUUGAUGCUUGAUGUGGAUAAUAUGGUUUGGAGUUUUAGGAAAACCGCAGGAUUGCCAACACCUGGGAAGCCAUAUGGAGGGUGGGAGGCCCCAGAUGUUGAACUCCGGGGUCAUUUUAUUGGGCAUUACUUGAGUGCAACAGCUCAGAUGUGGGCCAGCACUCACAAUGACACUCUUAAAGAGAAGAUGUUGGCAGUUGUGUCUGCAUUAUCUGCCUGUCAGAAGAAAAUGGGCACAGGAUAUCUUUCUGCAUUUCCAUCUGAAUUUUUUGAUCGCUUUGAAGCAAUAAAACCUGUCUGGGCUCCAUACUAUACCGUUCAUAAGAUCUUGGCAGGUCUUUUGGAUCAAUAUAUAUUUGCUAGUAAUGCUCAAGCUUUAGAUAUGACAAGAUGGAUGGCCAAAUACUUUUAUAAUCGUGUUCAGAAUGUGAUAACAAAGUACAGUGUGGAGAGACAUUGGCUGUCACUUAAUGAAGAAACUGGUGGUAUGAAUGAUGUUCUCUACAGGUUGUUUGCCAUAACGGAAGAUCCAAAGCAUUUGUUGUUGGCUCACCUUUUUGACAAACCUUGUUUUCUAGGAUUGCUUGCAGUUCAGGCUGAUGAUAUAUCAAGCUUCCAUGCCAAUACGCACAUUCCUGUUGUUAUUGGAUCUCAAAUGCGGUAUGAAGUGACUGGUGAUCCACUUUAUAAGACAAUAGCAACAUUCUUUAUGGACAUUGUUAAUUCUUCUCAUAGCUAUGCAACAGGAGGAACCUCAGUCGGCGAGUUCUGGUCAGAUCCAAAACGAUUGGCAAGCACUUUAGAGACAGAGAAUGAAGAAUCCUGCACAACAUAUAACAUGCUGAAGGUCUCUCGCAACCUAUUUAGAUGGACCAAAGAAGUUGCAUAUGCAGAUUACUAUGAGCGCACCCUCACAAAUGGUGUACUAGGCAUCCAAAGGGGAACAGAGCCUGGAGUAAUGAUUUACAUGCUACCACAAGGUCGGGGGGUCUCUAAGGCCGUAAGCUACCACAAAUGGGGAACACCAUUUGAUUCUUUUUGGUGCUGCUAUGGUACAGGAAUUGAAUCAUUUUCCAAGUUAGGAGAUUCUAUAUAUUUUGAAGAGGAAGGGAGUAUUCCUAGUCUUUACAUCAUUCAGUAUAUUUCAAGCACACUUGAUUGGAAAUCGGGAAAAAUUGUGCUCAAGCAGAAUGUUGAUCCUGUUGUAUCUUGGGAUCCUUACCUUCGUGUGACAUUGACUUCCUCUUUGAAAGAGGGAGCAGGGCAAUCAUCUACCUUGAAUUUGAGGAUUCCAAUCUGGACGCAGUUGGAAGGUGCCAAUGCAACAUUAAAUUCUCAGAAUCUAGACCUACCCCCUUCAGGUAGCUUCUUAUCUGUAAAAUGGACUGCCGGGGAUAAAUUAACCAUUCAGUGGCCAAUUAGUCUGAGAACAGAGCCAAUUAAAGAUGAUCGCGCUGAAUAUGCUUCUGUUCAGGCAAUACUCUAUGGUCCUUACCUCCUUAGUGGUUAUAGCAGUGGUGACUGGGACAUAAAAACUGAUUCAACUGCUUCAGUUGCAGACUGGAUAGUGCCUGUUCCUGCUGCAUAUAACAAUUAUCUUGUUACUUUUUCCCAAGCGUCUGGUGACUCAACUUUUGUCUUAACAAACUCAAACCAAUUAAUCAGAAUGGAGAAGCUCCCUAGAGCCGGUUCUGAUGCUGCUGUUCAUGCCACGUUCAGGCUCAUCAUUGAUGACACUUCCGAAAAAAUUUCAACCAUUGAAGAAGCCAUUGGUAAAACAGUCAUGCUUGAGCCUUUUGAUUUUCCAGGAAUGGUUUUAGUGCAUCAAGGAACAGAAAAUAACCUUGCGGUAACUGAUUCUCCUAAUGAUGAGGCAACUUCUAGUUUUCGUUUAGUUGCUGGAUUGGAUGGAAAGGAUGAUAGUGUGUCCUUGGAAUCAUUAAGCCUAAAGGGGUGCUAUGUAUAUAGUGGUGCAAACUAUAGUUCUAGUGUUAACAUGAAGCUCGGCUGCAAUUCAGCAUCAUCUGAGGCUGGAUUCAAUCAGGCGAUCAGCUUUGUCAUGAACAAGGGAAUAAGUGAAUAUCAUCGCAUCAGCUUUGUUGCAAAAGGGGCAAGGAGGAAUUUUCUUAUGGUACCAUUACAGAACUUCAGAGAUGAAUCUUACACCAUUUAUUUCAACAUUCAACCAUAAUGUAUUUGGGUAUGGGAUGGAACAAGGCGUAAGUACUCCUACCAGGCCAUAAAAUUCAUCUUCCAUUGCUUCAGUCUUGGUGGCAGUCGUUGCUUCAUGGUCCAUCAUUACUCAUGCUGUGCAGAUGAACUAAUGUUAAUUUUUCUCAGUUUUUGAGAACCAUUUCCUUUAUAAUAUCUUCACACUACUCCAGUUUCUGCCAGAAGACCAGAAGACCAGAAGACCCUCAAACUUGAAUCUUAUUUCAGCUUUCCUAUCCCAACAAGAUUGCUGAAUGAUCAAAACCUAUAGCUAGCAAAUGAAAGAAGUUGAGUUUUAGAAAAACCCUCCCAAACGAGAUUAAUCCAGACAUUCUCUAAUCCCCUUCCAUCUUCCCAAACAAAGUACUGUAUAAUUGUCCUUGGAAAGGAAAAAUAAGGUCAAUAAGGCUAAAAGUCAUUGUUAAAACCAGUUUUUAGUCCCGGGCAGUUGUAAUGCCAAUGUGUAGCCACGUUAUGAAAAUGUGCUGAAGCAACAUUUGUAAACAUAAUUGGCAAGGUGUUAUGCAAUUGCAUUGGCAUCACAUUAUGCAAUGGUGUAGGCCUAUGACCGACAGCUCCUGCAACAAGCAUACAAACAUAUUAACGUUACAAAACUGCAUAAUGAUAACAAUAAAGCUAUUUUCAGGUGCCCU